GGACCCUCCUGGAGCCGGGGAGGAGUGACAGGGAUUCUCCUGGUAACGAGCCAGCCACAGUGUAGCCCAGGCAGUAGCUGGCUUUGGGGUCCCUCAGGAGCUGGAGCAUCAUCCAUGGUCUACAUGGGCUCCUGGAGCAUCCCCAGAGCUGUUAGGCCUUGGAGGUGCAGCAGGAAGGUGGGAGAGGGGCUGAUACACUGUCUAGGAAGAGGACUGUGGUCAGGGGGGAUGAGCAGGUGCCUCUGUCCCUUUGCCAGACAGGAGGAAGUGGGUGAGUUAGAGUGCUCUGGGGAAGAGGCUUCUGAGAAGGGGCAGUGUUGCAGCAGGACGGGUCCCUCAGGGCGCUCGGCGAGGUGCUGGGCCAUGUCUGACGCUGUUUGCGGGUCGUUCUAGAUCAAUGGGGUAGACAUGACAGAAGCCAGGCAUGAUCAGGCAGUAGCGCUGCUUACCGCAUCCUCCCCCACCAUCGUGCUGCUGGUAGAGAGAGCGGGAGCAGAGCAGCUCGGCGAGGGAGACGCGCCGGGCGCCCCACGCCUGCGCAUGCACUCCCCACCGCCGCCCCCCGGUCAUGGCCAGAGCCCGCCCGAGGAGACGCCGGCGCUGCAGAGGAACCACCUCUCAAAAGGCCUGGAGGAUCAGUACCCCAUUGAGGAGAUUCACCUCGUGAAAGCAGGUGGUCCCCUGGGACUCAGCAUCGUAGGAGGCAGCGACCAUUCGAGCCACCCAUUUGGGAUUCAUGAACCAGGGGUCUUCAUUUCAAAGGUCAUUCCCCGUGGACUGGCAUCUCGCAGUGGUCUCCGUGUGGGGGACAGAAUCCUGGAGGUCAAUAGCAUUGACCUGCGCCAUGCUACCCACCAGGAGGCGGUGAACGCGCUACUCUCCAACAGCCAGGAGCUGACCAUGCUGGUGAGGAGAGAUCCCCCGCCACCGGGGAUGCAGGAAAUAUGCAUUGAGAAGGCGCCAGGAGAAAAGCUGGGCAUCAGCAUCCGGGGCGGAGCGAAAGGUCACGCUGGCAAUCCCUUCGAUCCCACCGAUGAAGGCAUCUUCAUCUCCAAGGUGAGCUCCUCGGGGGCUGCAGCCCGGGACGGCCGCCUGAAGGUGGGCCUGCGGAUCCUGGAGGUGAACCACCAGAGCCUGCUGGGGAUGACGCACACGGAGGCCGUGCAGAUCCUCCGCGGCGUGGGCGACGCGCUGCUGGUGCUGGUGUGCGACGGCUUCGACCCCAAGGCCGCAGCUGCCAUCGAGAUGUCUCCAGGAAUUAUUGCAAACCCUUUUGCUACUGGUAUUGGGCGCAAGAACAGCCUGGAAAGUAUCUCUUCUAUUGAUCGGGAUCUGAGCCCUGAAGAGCUGGAGAUCCUGCAGAAGGAGAUGGAAAUGGUGAGAGAAGCAACUCAGUGGGAGAGAGAAGAAAUGGAGAAAGUGGAGUGGAUGCGUAGGGAGCGGGAGGCAGCCACGCAGCAGCUUGAGGAGGAGGCAGAGAACAUCACCAGUGAACCUUUGCGCCUGGACUAUCGGACCCUGGCUGCGCUGCCCAGCAGUGGCUUGCAGAGAGGCAAUCGCACUCUCGUUCAGUAUAAUAAGGCCAGCUCCGGGAUGGAGGGUGACUGCGCUGUGCUGUCCCUGCCAGUGGCACAGGACAGCCGGGAUCCGUGCCCAGAGCCAGCUGCAGGCCCGGCCGUCGGAAGCGUGGCUGCCCCUCCUCAGGACCCCACACCACCCGACACCUGCACGAGCGGGGCGGAAAAACAGCCCCAGAUAGACAAGCGGGAUCCCACAGGUUGCCCCUUGUCCCCGGAGCAGAUGCCAGAGGCGCCAGAGCAAGAGUGCAUGGUCGACUCUCAGCCGAUCCUCUUCAGUGAGAACCCCUUUGUGGUGGCCAACCGCAGGGGGAAGGCGGCAGGCCAGGCUUGCCUGGGGGGGCCGCCCCUCGGCUAUGGCAGGGGGGGAGUGCUGAAGACCAACCUUUACUCCAAGGCUCCUGCAGGCGAGUCUGGGACGGGAAAUGCCAGGCGUGAAAGCCCCUAUUCUCCAGGUGCUCAGCAGACGCCUGCAGCCCCUCGGCCUGCUCACCUCUCGGGCAGGGAGACCCGCUUUGCUUCCAUUAACUUCAUUACAUCGCAGGAUGACAGUAAAUCACAGACCAAGCCAGGCGUCAUCCAGCCCCUUUCCCGAGUGCGACAGAGCGCUGCCUCACAUAGCGCGGAGGACGGGGACAGCCCCAACCCCUUCCAGCAGCCUGAGCAGCGCUUCAGUAUCCCGAACUCUCAGAAGCCGCCGUCACCACCCUCUCCCGACGAGAUCCCCAUCAAUGUCAAGCAAGCCUACAAGACCUUUGCAGCAGUGCCCUUGUCACACCCUCUGCUGGAGGCACAGGAACUGCCCGGUCAGAGCAGCACAGAGAAUCCCAAAGCUGCGCCGGAGGUGGCCGCGCUCAGCCCGGGGGCACUGCACAGCCCGGAGCAGAGAUCCUUCCGCGAGAGGCAGAAGUACUUCGAGAUCGAGGUGAAGCAACAGCAGAUGGAUAAGCCUCCCAAGCGCGUCUCCUUGGUAGGAGAGGAUGACCUGAAGAAAAUGAAAGAGGAGGAAGCUCGAAAACUGCAGCAGAAACGUACCCUCCUACUGGAGGAGGAGGCAGAAGAGGAUGAGAUGAUAAAACAGGUGCCGGAGGUGAGCGUGCAGUCCAGUGUCAUCAUUGAAGGAGUUGAGUAUAAGAUCGAGAGACUAAAUGGGAGGAACGUCCAGGCUCCAGCAACUCGGCCCUCGGAGCUCGGCGAGAGCAGCAGCUCACAGAGGAACUCCCUGGAAGAGGGCAUCAAGGCUGAGCAGAGAGCCAACUCCACGUCUGGGUUGAGUCCAUCACAACCCGGGGCGGGGGACCCCGUGGCACCUGUGCGGACGGCCAAAGCCGAGCGGCGGCACCAGGAGCGAUUGCGGAUGCAGAGUCCUGAGCUGCUGAGUGGUCAAGAGAAGGAGCUUUCCCCAGCAGAACGUCGUGCUCUGGAGGCAGAGAAACGAGCCAUGUGGAGGGCAGCACGAUCCUCAGCUCUUGAAGACAGUAUUAAACAGUACGAGCAGGAUCUGGCCAGGAAGCUGUACCAGUCCCGACAGUGGGCACCUGCUCCCGGGGCCAGGCCAGCUCAGAUGUCUAGUCCAGUGCAGAGUCACGCCUCAAGACUCGCUGGGUCGGGAAGCCAAUCCAGAAUGAAAUCGCUUGAACAGGAUGCUCUUAAAGCCCAAAUGGUUAUUGCCAAGUCCAAGGAGGGGAAAAAACGCAGCACACUGGAGCAGCUGGCAGAGUCACCUUCACCCAUUCCCACCCCAUCGCCAACACCACUGGAAGAUUGCAGUCCCAGAAACGUCACUUCGCCAGGAAGGCUGUCCAUGUCUGAAAAGAAGUUUGACUACCGGGAAUUUGCUGCUAUUCCUUCCUCCAAACCUGUUUACGAAAUCCAGUCGCCUGAUGCAGCUGAUGACCUCAGAUACGUAGAUGACAGAAACAACUCAGUUCCCCAGGAGCAGGAUGGGCAGCCAGAGGAAGAGGAAAUGUUAGUAACACGGGAUUCAUCGACACCGACCUCGUCAGCACUUGAGGAAAUGGCCCUGUACAGCAGCAAGCGCAAGCUCCGACACAGCCGGCGCAGCCUGGAGGCUGCUGUCCCGACGUAGAGGGUCCGACGCGCCGGGCGAUGGAAUGGCCCCGCGCAGGGCUCCUGCCUCCUGCGCCCCAGGGACAGCACUGCACUGCCCACACUGCUGCCUCCUGGGCUCUGGAUCGGGACUGAGCGCCACGGGGAGCACUGUGGUCAACUGACUUCCUUUAAGGCUGUGAACCGCCCUCUUGUCUCACCCGGUCACGCGCUGGGGCAUGGCCUUAGCGACGGGGGACGACACCAGACUGAUGGAUGGCAAAUGGAGAGGAGGCGUGGGUAGGACAGUGGGCAGCUGCAGCUUGUUAGCCUGUAAAUAUUGUGUGUGGGGAAGGGUAGGACAGGGAGAACAUAGGAGUGGGAGAGUGUUUUGGGCUCCAGCUGUUACUUCCUCAGCUUGGGUUUUUUAGUGAUUUAUGUAGGAGCUUCUACUCCAGUGUGAAGUAGAAGAAAGGUCCAGCCUGCCUUUGCUCCUAUUUAAUUUCCAGUCUUUUGCCAAAAAGCAUCACCUUCCACCUCCUGCACCAUGUCACCUCACUUUCUUUUGGGAGUAUGCGGAAAUGGGUAGCUUGAAGGCAAAAAAAAAAAAAAAAAAAAAAAAAAAAAAAAAAAAGGAAUUUCAGUGAAGUGCCUCCCUCUGACACUGACACACGUGUGCUCAAGCCAAGGUGACUGGAUAAGCAGGAGCCUGUGCCAGCUCUGUGCCGUGUGCCUCUGCGAGCGCAGCCGUUGUCCUGUGCAGGAGCUGUUCUGGGGGAUGGGCCCCUGCCCGGGUGUACCCGGAGCCCCCUGGACUUGGCGAACGCCCUGCAGACACCCUGCCCGGGUGUGCGGGAGGCCCGAGGGAGGAGCUGAGCGGGUGCAGCGAGCGUGGCGGCGUGUGUGUGACAGCAGUAGGGAGCAGAGUAGCGGGGGAUUAGUGUACAGCGCAGAGGGGGGAGGUGUCACAGCAGGUAGGUAGCGGGUUAGGAUUCAGGAAAGGGGAAGGGUAGGAAGUGGCGAGCGGGGGUCGGGUUAGGAGUCCCGGGGUCUCACAGGCAGGAGGAUGCUCGGGGGUGAGGCCGCUGUGCUGCAGCCAGCUGUGACCCCGUGGGCGCCCGGUGCCGGCUCUGGGGGGCUCCUGCCAGGAGGGAGCACAGGAGGUGGGAUGGGCCUGGCCUUUGCCUUGCAAUAACUGCACAGUUCUGCUCUUCACCAGCUUGUUGGCUGUAUAGAACAGGGAGAACACGUGCUUGCCCAUGCAAGAGGAAAACGAAAAUUAAAAAGGAGCAAGCAGGGGGUGUGAUUCCUGGUUUCCAUGAGUGGAACGAGGGCCGUGACGAGAUUCUGAAUCAAGUGAGCUCUGCAGAUGUGGAGGAGACAGAUGCUGCUUAUGGCUCUGAAACCAGUCUCUGCUGCCCACUACUGAAGUAAAAUAUCCCCUCUUAUUUUUUUUCAAUGCCUCUAAUAGGGAGAAAGGCAUCUGAGCUCAGCAGUAUCUGAUCUGUCUACCCUGAUACAUUGGUGCUCUCUGCUGAACCCUCCAGCAUUAAGACCAGAGUUGGACCUUAAGCCUUUCAGUGACUCAAAGUGGCUCGGGAGCGACAGGCACUUCUGCUUGUAUAUUUGCUGAAUGAAAGAACUGGAUGCAGUUUCUUUUAGCUGAGAAUCUCCCUUCAUGCCAAAAUCCAGUGGAUCAUUUUAACUGACUUCGUAUGUUUUAAUUUUAUAGAGCGUUGAAGGGGGACUCUGAUAAUCUCAAAACUGCAGCUAUGGCUGCUUCCAUCAUCAGCAAUUUGAGCUUUUCCUUUUUAAAUCUAAUUUUAGCAUUUGCUUUUUAACAACAGCAAUUUUGGAAAAAAUCCUGGAUUGGUUUUGGUGACUAACUUGUGAUUCUUUUUUUUCUUUCCCUUUGCGGUACCUGGUGCCAGGCUCUGGGUUCUCUCCCAUUCUCUCCUGAGAGACUCUGAGGGAAAAUUAGCGCAUCAAGACUGUAACUAGUGAAAUUUGUACAACCAAAGAAAUCUAUUUUGUGGUUCAAGGAUAAUAAAGUUUACUUUACAUUUUA